AUGGAGGCAAAAAACGUAGUAUUGUCAGCAUUGGGGGUGGGUGUGGGGGUGGGGCUAGGAUUAGCGUCUGGACAGGCCAUGAGCAAAUGGGCUGGAAAAGAUUUGUCUUCACACGCUAUCUCUCCUGAGAGGAUGGAGAAAGAAUUGCUGCGACAGAUUGUUGAUGGUAGAGAAAGCAAGGUUACUUUUGAUGAAUUUCCUUAUUAUCUCAGUGAGCAGACUCGAGUAUUGCUAACAAGUGCUGCCUAUGUCCACUUGAAGCAUGCAGAAGUUUCAAAAUUUACUAGGAAUCUUUCCCCUGCUAGUCGGGCUAUAUUGCUCUCUGGACCUGCAGAGCUUUACCAACAAAUGCUUGCCAAGGCUUUAGCCCAUUUCUUUGAAGCAAAGUUGCUGCUGUUAGAUGUAACCGAUUUUUCCCUGAAGAUUCAGAGCAAAUAUGGUACUACCAACAAAGAAUCUUCUUUCAAAAGGUCCACUUCAGAGACAACCCUGGAACGACUGUCUGGCCUUUUAGGUUCAUUUUCACUCCUUUCUCCGAAGGAGGAACUCAAAGGCGCAUUGCGGAGGCAAGGCAGCAGUGUGGACCUCUCAUCAUGGGGAUUUGAAGGUUCUAGUAAUCCUUCACCACUACGUAGGAAUGCCUCUGCCUCAGCUAACAUCAAUAACCUCGCUUCACUAAGCACCCCUGGAAAUCCAGGUUCACUCAAACGCACAAGCAGCUGGUCUUUUGAUGAGAAGCUUUUGAUACAGUCUCUUUACAAGGUUUUGGUUUACGUAUCGAAAACCAGUCCCAUUGUGCUAUAUCUUAGAGAUGUGGAGAAGCUCUUAUCUAGAUCGCCGAGAAUAUAUAACUUGUUUCAGAAAAUGAUGAAGAAACUGUCUGGAUCAGUGUUAAUCCUGGGUUCACAUAUUGUAGACCUUGCUAAUGACUCUAGAGAGGUGGAUGAGAGGCUAACUGCUCUUUUCCCUUACAACAUUGAGAUUAGACCUCCAGAAGAUGAAACCCACCUUGUCAGCUGGAAGUCUCAACUGGAGGAGGAUAUGAGAAAGAUCCAAGCUCAAGAUAACAGAAACCAUAUCAUGGAAGUGCUUUCAGCAAAUGACCUUGAUUGCGACGAUCUGGACUCAAUCAAUAUGGCAGAUACAAUUGCUCUUAGCAACUACAUAGAAGAGAUUGUGGUGUCCGCAAUUUCUUAUCAUCUAAUGAAUAACAAAGAUACUGAGUACAGAAAUGGAAAACUGGUUAUAUCAUCGAAGAGUUUGUCCCAUGGAUUUAGUAUAUUCCAAGAAGGCAAAGUCAGUGGUAAAGGUAUAUUGAAGUUGGAAGCAAAAGCUGAACCGUCAAAGGAAGAAGGACGGCCAGGGGCUGUCGAUGUGAAACCAGAAGCAGAAGCAGGAAGUGUGAAACCUGAGAACAAAAGUGAGGUAGAAAAAUCGGCUUCAGUGCCAAAGAAAGAUGUUGACAAUCCAACGCCUGCGGCAUCAAAAGCUCCAAAACAAGAGGUUCCUCCAGACAACGAAUUUGAGAAGCGCAUAAGGCCAGAGGUCAUACCAGCGAAUGACAUUAAUGUAACAUUUGCUGAUAUUGGUGCCUUGGAUGAGAUCAAAGAAUCUCUUCAGGAACUAGUGAUGCUUCCUCUUCGUCGACCUGACCUCUUCAAAGGUGGGCUCCUAAAGCCUUGCAGGGGAAUAUUGCUCUUUGGGCCUCCUGGCACGGGGAAGACUAUGCUAGCCAAGGCCAUUGCCAAGGAGGCUGGAGCAAGCUUCAUUAAUGUAUCCAUGUCUACGAUCACUUCUAAAUGGUUCGGUGAAGAUGAGAAAAAUGUUCGAGCUCUGUUCACACUGGCAUCUAAGGUCUCUCCAACUAUUAUAUUUGUAGAUGAAGUGGACAGCAUGCUUGGGCAGCGAACAAGAGUUGGGGAGCAUGAAGCCAUGCGUAAGAUAAAAAAUGAGUUUAUGGCUCACUGGGAUGGACUAAUGACAAAGCAAGGUGAGCGCAUCCUUGUUCUUGCUGCUACCAACAGGCCAUUUGACCUUGAUGAAGCAAUUAUUAGGCGUUUUGAGAGAAGAAUUAUGGUUGGCCUUCCAGGCGUGGAGAACAGGGAAAAGAUUUUGAGAACUCUAUUGACCAAAGAAAGAGUGGAUGAAGUGCUAGACUUCAAGGAGCUUGCAACUAUGACUGAAGGAUAUACUGGAAGCGACCUUAAGAAUUUGUGCACAACAGCUGCUUAUCGGCCUGUGAGGGAGUUAAUACAACAAGAAAGACUGAAGGAUUUGGAAAAAAAGCAGCGAGCUGCAGAAGGGCAGAUUACUAAAGAAGGUUCAGAUGUGAAAGAGGAAAGAGUGAUUACUCUGAGGCCACUAAACAUGGAAGAUUUUAGGGUGACAAAGAAUCAGGUUGCAGCUAGUUUUGCUUCUGAGGGAUCCAUAAUGGGUGAGUUGAAGCAAUGGAACGAGUUGUAUGGAGAAGGGGGUUCGAGGAAGAAGGAGCAGUUAUCUUAUUUCUUAUAAGAUAUGGAGGUAGAACAAGCAAGAACCAUUUACCAGUUUCAUGAAGAAUGUGUAACAGUAUUUAUAGCUAAAGCUUUUAAACAAGAUUGUGGGGAAAACAUGUAAUGUAAGAAAAAGUAGGGAAACACCUCCCACGAGAUCAGUCUGUAAUGUGUCACAAUUCUAAAAAACGUAUUGUACUAUCUUUAGUAGUUUGUUAGGGAGAUGUAUUGGGCUUGUUUUUAAUCUCGGAGAUUCAUCCUGGAAAUUAACAGUGGCAGCCACUGCAAUAGCCAGUUGGUUGUUUGUACUUUGUUGGUCGUGC